UGUCCAGCAGGUUUCCCGCGCGCGGGAAGCCGCCCCUGGCGGUGCAAUGACAGGGCGGGGCCGCGCAUGCGCAAGGCGGCGUGGCGUUGAGGGGGACGGGCGGGCAAGAUGGCGGCCUCCGCACAGGGCCCGGCCGCGCCGCUGAGCGCCGAGCAGGCCAAGGUGGUGCUGGCCGAGGUGAUCAAGGCGUUCGGGGCGCCCGAGAACGCGCAGCGCAUGGACGAGGCCCGGGACAACGCGUGCAACGACAUGGGCAAGAUGCUGCAGUUCCUGCUGCCCGUGGCCACGCAGAUCCAGCAGGACGUGAUCAAAGCCUACGGCUUCAGCAGCGACGGCGAAGGGGUCCUCAAGUUCGCCCGGCUGAUCAAGUCCUACGAGUCGCAGGACCCGGAGAUCGCCAGCAUGUCCGGCAAGCUCAAGGCCAUGUUCCUGCCACCCAUGACGCUGCCCCCGCACGGCGCCGGCACCGGCGGAGUGGCCACCUCGUGAAACCCAGAGCUCCGCCGGCCCUGGUGGUCUGCGGCGCUCCGAGCGGAGCCGUCUUCGCGUGGCCGGGGGCUGCCUGCGCUGCUGGCCCGUCAGCCCUGAGACAUGGAGAGGUUGAACGAGGGAGGUGUUGAUCCAAAAGCAAUUGGGUUUGUUGUGUGUGUGCGUUGGUCUGUUUGUGAAUAAAGAACGUCUUGAAAACGUC